GUAUUAUCAGAAUAUAUAGUGAAUAAAAAGAUGGAGUGGGAGGAGGAAAUAGAGGAAAGGAUUGAGAUAGUCUGUAAUGAUCACAACAAUGAUGAUCACAUGAUGAAUCAGAAACAACCGUUAUUGUUGAGAAGGAGAAUCAAUAACUCUUCUCAGCAGGCUAUUGUUGGAGCCAAUAUUUGUCCCAUUCAAAGUCUUGAUUAUGAGUUAAUUGAGAAUGAUCUGUUGAAGCAGGAUUGGAGGUCAAGAACCAAGGUUGAGAUAUACCAAUAUGUUGUUCUGAAAUGGAGCCUUGCACUUCUUAUUGGUUUAAUUACUGGAUUUGUUGGGUUUUUUAACAACCUUGGAGUUGAGAAUAUUGCUGGUUUCAAACUUUUACUCACCAACAAUCUCAUGCUCAAGCAAAAGUAUCAUGAGGCAUUUGCAGCAUAUGUCGCUUGUAACAUGAUUUUAGGGGCUGCGGCUGCAGCCCUGUGUGCUUAUAUUGCCCCUGCAGCAGCAGGUUCCGGCAUACCAGAGGUAAAGGCAUACCUCAAUGGCAUUGAUGCGCAUUCUAUAUUGGCUCCGUCUACCCUUUUUGUCAAGAUAUUUGGUUCAAUUUUAGGAGUUGCUGGUGGUUUCGUUGUGGGGAAAGAAGGACCCAUGGUACAUACAGGUGCUUGCAUUGCUAAUUUACUCGGACAAGGCGGUUCUCGUAAAUAUCGACUCACCUGGAAAUGGCUCAGAUACUUCAAAAAUGAUAGAGAUCGAAGGGAUUUGAUCACUUGCGGUGCAGCUGCAGGUGUUACCGCUGCCUUCCGUGCUCCUGUUGGUGGUGUUCUUUUCGCACUCGAAGAAGCUGCUUCGUGGUGGAGGAGUGCUCUUCUAUGGCGUACAUUCUUUACCACUGCUGUAGUAGCAGUUGUUUUAAGGAGUUUUAUACAAUUUUGUCAUCAAGGAGGAGGCAAAUGCGGUCUCUUUGGCGAAGGAGGACUCAUAAUGUUUGAUGUUAAUUCUGCAAAGCCUUCCUACACCACAUUUGAUCUACUCACAGUUAUAUUUCUCGGAGUCAUUGGAGGUCUUAUGGGAAGCCUUUACAAUUAUCUUGUUGAUAAAGUCCUUCGCACUUACACCGCUAUAAAUGAGAGAGGUCCAAUAUUCAAGAUUUUACUGGUGAUGAUUAUCUCGAUUGUGACAUCUUGUAUUCGAUUUGGGCUUCCGUUGCUAUCAAAGUGUGUGCCAUGUCCAGGGGAGUGCCCUAGCCCCCCAACCGCAGGUUUCUCAAUACACUACGACAAUUUUCAAUGUCCACCCAACCACUACAAUGAUCUCAGCUCUCUCCUUUUCACCACCAACGACGAUGCCAUCCGCAACCUGUUCAGUAAUGGCUCCGACUCUGCCAAUGCCGGAUUUCAACUUUCAACUCUCAUAAUUUUCUUCGUGGCAAUAUACUUGCUUGGAAUUGUGACAUACGGUGUUGCCAUUCCCUCUGGUCUAUUCAUUCCAGUCAUACUUGCUGGAGCUUCCUAUGGGCGUCUAAUAGGGACUGUGUUGGAUCAAUUCACAGUUCUUGAUACUGGUUUGUUUGCUCUCCUUGGAGCAGCAUCCUUCCUUGGUGGAACCAUGAGAAUGACAGUUUCUCUCUGUGUCAUACUUCUUGAGCUCACGGAUAACUUGUUGAUGCUACCAUUGGUAAUGUUGGUUCUCCUCAUUUCUAAAACAGUGGCCGAUUGUUUUAACAAAGGUGUUUAUGAUCAGAUUGUGGAGUUCAAGGGACUGCCUUAUAUGGAAGCACAUGCAGAGCCGUACAUGAGGAAUUUAGUUGCAGGCGACGUUGUUUCUGGUCCACUGUUUUCUUUUUGUGGGAUCGAGAAAGUGGGGAAUAUUGUUCAUGCUUUGAAGGUGACAAAACAUCAUGGAUUUCCUGUAAUUGACGAGCCUCCUUUGACGGAUUCUCCUGAGUUGUGUGGGUUGGUAUUAAGGUCUCAUCUGCUGGUACUUCUCAAGCACAAGACAUUGUUCACUAGGGAGAGAGUGUUGACAGGAUCUACCAUUAUGAACAAGGUUAAGGCAAGUGAUUUUGCGAAACCGGGUUUAGGGAGAGGGAUAAUAAGGGUGGAGGAUUUAGACAUUUCACAAGAGGAUAUGGAAAUGUUUGUUGAUCUUCAUCCAAUCACUAAUACAUCUCCAUAUACUGUUGUUGAAACAAUGUCUCUUGCAAAAGCUGCUCUUCUUUUCCGGGAGCUUGGACUCAGGCACUUGCUCGUCGUGCCCAAGAAACCAGGAAGGCCUCCAAUUGUUGGGAUCCUGACAAGGCAUGAUUUCAUGUCUGAGUAUAUCUUGGGGCUAUUCCCCAACUUGAAUAAAGACUAAUUAAAGCUUCGUGGAAACCAAUUUAUGCAUAUGGACAUCAUAUGAAUUAUCAUUAAUUAAUACUUUUUCUUUACGAUAGGAUGAAUUUUCAUUUGUUAGUAUCUUUGUUUUUGGGAAUUUUGGGUUGGAUUUACUGCAUAGGAAUUUACUUAU